UUUAUUUUAAUGAUGAUUUAUGAGUUAUUCCCAUAUUCUAAAAAAAAUUCCAAAAAUAUAAAUUGACAUUAAAUGUAAUAUAUGAGUUAUUACCAUAUUUUUAAAAGUACCAAAAAUAUAAAUUAACAUUAAAUGCAAUUGUCCAUGUCAUAUUAAGCUAUAAGACAUAUCAUCAAUUUCAGUAACCAUGUCAUAUUUAUUUUCUGAAAUUGAUUGUAGAAAAGACAUGUGACAAAAUCACUUCGCAAAUAUAGUUUAGGGGAUGUUCAUGACAAAAUGGAUAGUAAGGUCAAUUUUCUUUAGACUAACCACUAUUUUUUUUUAAGUUUUACUGUUCUUGGCAUUUAUUUAAUUUCACAUUCUUCCUUUGUUUUUUUAUCAAAUUAGCUCAAAAACUUAAGAGGGGAUAUUUUAAUCAGUUGACUACUAAUCAGUUGGUAACUUUAGUACAUCAAAUGUUCAAAAAAAAAUAUAAGAAAUAAAAGUGGAACGCUAUGAUCAUGGAUCAUGGCAAUUAUAAAUACAAACAAGUUGUAAAUCAGUUUUCUAUUUUUCUAAUAGAAUAAAAUACAUGGAAAGUUUGCAAAAACUUAUCAUACUAUAAUCAUAGCAUGAUGGCGGUUGAGCAAGUAUACUCUCAUUGUCUAAUGGUAAAGGGCAAUUCCAUGAAAAUAUACAAAGCUUGAGAUUUGUGUAAUAUAAUAAAAUAGAAAAGUUAAGAAAAGAAACAAAUAUUUUAGUUAAUUACCGAAAAGAAGCAAAUAUCAUAAAGAAAAAUUACUUGGAAUGACUCUAAUUGAUCUAAGAAUGACUAGAAUGACUCAUAAUAAAUUUUAAUUACUAGACUAAAAUGGGAUAGAAGCAAAUUUACUAAAAGCCCAUCUCUAACUUAAUUAACCACAAGUUUCCAUUCUAAUAAAUUAAAAAAAAAUUAGAAAAUCUAUUACUAUAAAACACAGUUUACUCUCUUCUCCUUCCUCCACAUAGGAUGCCACCUAGAUAAGUCUGUUUAUACCUAUGUAACACGUGUCCCGUAUAUGAAACUCAUCGUUUCAUUAACUUUGGUUUGCAAUUCGUUUGGGCUUCUCUUUUAUAUUAUGUAUCUGUGUUUUAAUUUAUAAAGCCCAUCACGAAAAUAACUAAGUGUGCUCGAAACGUCUUCAUCUUCUAUAAUCGAUUUUUAGGGUUCAUGAUGUUCUUCAGUUUCUGAAUUUUUUCACCGACCACGAAGUUUCGAAAGAGUUAUGGGAGAUGAAUAUUCACAUCCAAUCUCUGGUGCGAGCUGCCGUUCGCUUCGAUUCGUUUGGCUUUCUUCUCGCCGUCAAAGGGAAAUUGGAACCGUUACGGACUCCAUUCAAUCGGUGUCAUUAACAGCCUUCUUAACUCCUUUUUCCAUGAUUCUUCAUUCAAUGCAUCCUUCAUUCACUAUCUUCCGUUCUCUGACUUUGCAUCUAUAAAGAGGUGAGUUUGUAUCCAUAUAUUUCAUUAUAUCAUAUCAUUUCCUUGCACUCAUAUUAAUCCAAAUAUCAUAAUGGCAAACUCCUACGACUCCUUGCUGACUUGAAGGUCGAGCAAUACAGCACCACCGAAGGAGUUUAUCAGAUGCCGGAAAGCUUCUCCCUUUAAGCUUUUAUUCUUUGUUUACUUCCGAUCUACAUUAAUGGAUUCUUGCGUUAUAUUUCGUCUUGAGGCUCUGAGCUUCACCCAUGGCUGCCUCAUCCUUUGCAGAUGGAGAAAAAGAUAUGGUGAAAGGUGGAAUGAUUCUACAGUCUAGUGAGUCUCAAACCGCUAUGUUAGAUCCUUCACCAACACCUUCACCGUCCGCAACAGCAACUGCACCAGCUUUGGUUCUGUCUAACUCAGGCAAGAGGAUGGACCAAGCUGGGAAGAAAAAGUACGUGAAGCAAGUCACAGGUCGCCACAACGACACUGAGCUUCACUUAGCUGCUCAGCGUGGCGAUUUGUCGGCUGUGCAGCAGAUUCUCAAGGAUAUUAACUCUCAGAUGGAAGGGACUCUGAGCGGGGAAGAGUUCGACGCUGAAGUUGCUGAGAUCAGGGCUUCGAUUGUGAAUGAGGUGAAUGAGUUAGGCGAGACCGCGCUCUUCACUGCUGCUGAUAAAGGACAUCUUGAUGUUGUGAAAGAGCUGUUGAAGUAUUCGAGUAGAGAGAGUAUUGCUAAGAAGAACCGUUCUGGUUAUGAUCCUCUUCACAUUGCUGCCAUACAAGGUCAUCAUGCUAUUGUUGAGGUUUUACUAGAUCAUGAUUCGACGCUUAGCCAUACGUUUGGUCCGUCGAAUGCAACUCCGCUUGUGUCUGCGGCUAUGAGAGGACAUACGGAAGUUGUGAACCAGCUUUUAUCAAAAGCUGGGAACUUGCUUGAAAUUUCUCGGUCUAACCAUAAGAAUGCGUUGCAUCUAGCUGCAAGGCAAGGGCAUGUUGAUGUUAUAAAAGCUUUGCUAGCUAAAGAUUCUCACCUAGCGAGAAGGGUUGAUAAAAAAGGACAAACUGCGCUUCACAUGGCUGUAAAAGGACAGAGCUCAGAGGUGGUGAAACUGCUGUUGGAUGCAGAUCCUGCCAUUGUUAUGCUUCCAGACAAGUCUUGUAACACGGCGUUACAUGUUGCCACAAGGAAAAAACGAGCAGAGAUUGUGGAACUGUUAUUGUCACUCCCUGAUACCAACGCCAAUGCUUUAACCCGAGAACGCAAGACAGCACUUGACAUUGCAGAGGGGCUUCCACUCUCAGAAGAAUCUUCAUACAUAAAAGAGUCUCUUGCUCGCUGUGGAGCUCUCAGGGCAAAUGAGCUGAACCAGCCAAGAGACGAGCUGAGAAGCACCGUCACACAAAUCAAGAACGAUGUUCAUAUCCAGCUGGAACAGACCAAAAGGACUAACAAAAACGUUCACAACAUUUCAAAAGAGCUCAGGAAACUCCACAGAGAAGGGAUCAACAAUGCAACCAACUCAGUAACCGUUGUGGCUGUGCUCUUUGCAACCGUAGCUUUUGCCGCUAUCUUCACAGUGCCGGGAGGAGACAACAACGACGGGUCAGCAGUGGUGGUGGGACGAGCAUCGUUCAAGAUCUUCUUUAUCUUCAACGCAAUAGCCUUGUUUACUUCUCUGGCCGUCGUGGUGGUACAGAUCACGUUGGUGAGGGGGGAGACAAAAGCUGAGAAGAGGGUAGUGGAGGUGAUCAACAAACUGAUGUGGUUGGCAUCUAUGUGUACAUCUGUGGCGUUUCUUGCAUCGUCUUAUAUAGUGGUUGGGCGUAAGAACGAGUGGGCGGCAGAGCUUGUGACUGUGGUUGGUGGUGUGAUAAUGGCUGGUGUUCUUGGGACCAUGACUUAUUAUGUGGUGAAGUCGAAGAGGGUGAGGUCAAUGAGGAAGAGGAUCAAGAGUGCGCGUAGGAGCGGUUCCAACUCUUGGCAUCAUUCAGAUCACUCAAACUCUGAAGUCGAUCCAAUUUUCGCAAUCUAAGAUCAAUAAUCAUGUAAAUAUAUUUGGUGAAGAGAGCUAGACUAGAGAAUCUUGUGACAAUAGGCAAACACAACUGUCACAACUCUGUAACACUGGUCAACUCAUUAUAUUCAAAAACUAAGUUAACCAUUGUAUUAUUUAGAAA